AACCCCAUGUCCUCAGUUUUGGGAGAGCCCUUCAGAACAUGUUCUGUUCCAACACUGAAUUUCUCUAUCAGCAGUAGUUGGUGACAUCUUAAACCUCAAACAUGCCUCAAGCCAACGGCUAUCGUGAUGAGACUGUAAUUGACAUAAAGAAACCGGUGAGUUUCACCGGGGGUGUUGAGUUUGAAAGCCUUACAUAUACUGUGAGAAAGAAGAAGAAGGUUGAUGGGAAGUGGUCCAGUGAAGAUGUGGACUUGCUGCAUGAUAUCACUGGUUAUGCACCAAAAGGUUGCGUCACUGCAGUGAUGGGGCCUAGUGGUGCAGGGAAGUCCACUUUUCUUGAUGGACUAGCUGGGAGAAUUGCAAGUGGGAGCCUUAAAGGGAAGGUGUCCUUAGAUGGGACAACUGUGAGCCCAAGCUUGAUCAAAAGAACCUCUGCUUAUAUCAUGCAGGAAGAUAGGCUUUAUCCAAUGCUCACUGUCUAUGAAACUUUGAUGUUUGCUGCUGAUUUUCGCUUGGGGCCACUUUCUCUUGCUGAUAAGAAGCAGAGAGUAGAGAAGCUCAUUGACCAGCUUGGCUUAUCCUCAUCUAGGAACACCUACAUAGGAGAUGAAGGGACAAGAGGGGUGUCCGGUGGAGAGCGUCGCAGGGUCUCAAUUGGGGUUGACAUCAUUCACGGACCAUCACUUCUGUUUCUGGACGAGCCAACUUCAGGACUAGACUCCACCAGUGCUAACAGUGUGAUUGAGAAGGUGCAUGACAUUGCGCGCAAUGGAAGCACCGUGAUCCUCACCAUUCACCAGCCCUCAUCCAGAAUCCAGUUGCUCCUCGACCAUCUCAUUAUCCUUGCUAGAGGCCAGCUCAUGUAUCAAGGGUCACCUAAAGAUGUGACCCUCCACUUGGGUCGCAUGGCGCGCAAGGUCCCCAAAGGUGAGAACCCAAUUGAGCAUCUCAUUGAUGUUAUCCAAGAGUAUGAUCAGUCCGAACUAGGAGUUGAGGCACUCGCUGAGUUUGCACGCACAGGGAUGAAACCACCUCAUUUGUCUGAAUUUUCACUGUUUUCUGCUGCACCUUCACCAUCCCCAUCUUUACACCGUGAUGAAAAAUCUCAAGACUUCUCUUACUCAUCACAAGUAAGUAGAAAAGGCCAAGAGGAUUUUGAUCACAGUGUGAGGAGUCUCAAUAAUACCUCAAUGUCAUGGAGCGCCAGCCAUAGUGCAGCUUUUCUAAAAUUCACUCCUUCAAAACUUAAAAAGGAUAACAAGGUGCAGAAGCCCACCACAAGUCAAGCUUCCCCUGGCUACUACUACGCCUACUCGAGUGAAAUCCUCCCAGCAACUCCAACACCACACAGCAGUGACUACACAGUGAAUGAGAAUGACUACCUGACACCCCCAAAUUCAAAACUUGAACAUCUUGGUCCAAAGUUUGCAAAUUCCUACACAAGAGAGAUUUGGAUCCUGAUGCGCCGCAACUUCAUAAACAUAAGGAGGACCCCUGAGCUUUUCCUGUCAAGACUCAUGGUCCUCACCUUCAUGGGUUUCAUGAUGGCCACCAUGUUCCACAACCCCAAAGAGUCCUUGCAAGGAAUCACGAACCGUCUCAGCUUCUUCAUCUUCACCGUGUGCCUCUUUUUCUUCUCUUCCAAUGAUGCCGUCCCGGCCUUCAUCCAAGAGAGGUUCAUCUUCAUCCGCGAGACUUCACACAAUGCCUACAGAGCUUCCUCCUACACCUUUGCAGGCCUAAUCACCCACAUGCCAUUUCUUGCUCUCCAAGCUUCAGCUUAUGCAGGCAUUGUUUGGUUUGCUUUGCAGCUUAGAGGCCCUUUUCUCUACUUCUUGCUUCUUCUCUUCCUUUCUCUCCUCUCAACCAAUUCAUUCGUUGUGUUUGUGAGCUCGGUCGUUCCGAACUACAUCUUGGGGUAUGCAGCGGUUAUCGCCUUCACUGCCCUCUUCUUCUUGUUUUGUGGAUACUUCUUGAACAGCAAUGAUAUGCCACAUUAUUGGCGUUGGAUGAACAAGAUUUCAACAAUGACAUACCCUUAUGAGGGGCUCUUGAUGAACGAGUACCAGACCAAUAUUUCCUUUGCAAAUGAUGAAAUUAACAUCACCGGUUUUGAUAUCUUGAAAAGUCUUGAUAUUUCAACUGAAGGAUACAAGAAGAGGAACAAUGUGCUCAUAAUGUUAGGUUGGGCUGUGUUAUAUAGGGUCUUGUUUUAUUUAGUCCUUCGUUUUGCAUCCAAAAACCAGAGGAGGUAGUAGACUAUAUAUCUAAGGGAAAUUAAGUGUGUGAGUGUGACAAAGUUAACCAUUUCAUUUGUUAUUGUACUGCAAAUAAACACAUUGUUGGAUCUAUUGCUUCAUUGUAUUGUAUUUGCAACAAGCUUUAUAUAAAUUAUAAAUCACUGCAUGGACAUUGUUGUA